AUCGCUCGGUGCCCAAGAAGGAAAGAUUCGUCCUCUCCCUCCCUCGCGAUCGUUGCCUCGCUCGCUCGUGCUCUUACCUCCAGCGCGUGCGAUUCGGUCUUUUUGGUGUCCGGCAUCGACGCGGAGGGUAGCUCAUGCAACAAAUCAACUUAGACUUCGGUUUCAUUCCGGCAAUUGCUUUCAGUGGAGAUCUUUGUAUGUGACUUGACGAGUCGCAGGAGCGCAUUUGUUACCCGGAAGCUACUUCCAAGGUUAUCUAGGAAUUCCAAGCUGUGAGAGGUGGAAAAUUAAAUUUUGGUGGUAAACGAUUUAGAACAAUAUGCGGCGGCUGAGUCUAUCUGCUGAUGUUUACCGCAGAGUUAUUUCUUUGAACUUGUAUUGUAGGGUGAUUCUGUAACUCAUUUCUUCCUCCCAUGGUUCUUUCCUUCUAACGUUCCCUCUCCUUUCUGGUUCUGGUAUUAAAACUCCCUUUCUUUGGAAUGCUCUCUUGAAUUGGUUCUACUUUUCUGGUUCAGGCAUCAAAGCUCUCUUUUAUUUGAGAUAGCAGCAACCCCAAUGUUUUCUCAUGCCUUGCGCUCCUCUUCCAUCUUAAUCUGUACUUUGCUUGUUUAGGUAUCGUUUGUGUUUCGUUCAUCUCGAUUUCUUUGUGCUUUGUUGGUUUAUUGGACUGGUUCGUAUAUUAGAGGAAAGAAUUGUAGGAAUGGUGUGUCAAGCAGCAACAAGAACCGCAUUCCGAGCUUUGAAACAUGAGAAUGGAAUCGCUGGUAGCACCACUAUAAUCAUUAGGGUCAUCGCUUGUUUCCAACCAUUGCAAGAUUGCCAGGCUGAAUACUUCCGCCACCUCCUGAAGCCUGUUACGUAAAUUAUUCUCUCGCUUGCAGUUUAUCUUCAAUCAAAAUCUUGGUUUUCUUAUCUUCUUCUUUUGGUAGAGUUUCGGGAAUAAUUUGGAAUUACCAUUUGCCUGAGGUGAUUGAUUUGGGUAUUUGUUGAUGGACCAAGAAAAUAAUACCCCCAUCAAUUCGCAGUGCCUACCGUGGCAAUUUAGUAACAUGGUAUCUGCUAGAAAUAAUACACAAUUUGCUACCAUGCCUCAGGACUCCAUUUCAAUGCUCUCCUCUGCAUUUGUUAAUCCAUCUGCUAGUCUCUUUCCAGUAACUUCUGCAAUACCUUUCCCUGGUUUCUACACCUAUACUUAUAUUCAGAAGACAUCACCCCUCAUUCCUCCGAUUUCAUCUCAUGGAGUUCUUGAAUUAGGCUCAAAUAAAAGACACCUAGUUUUUGAUCAGAUAAGAGAUGGAAGGAGCUUCAUCUGUAACUCAGCUAGUGUCCCUGAUCCAUGCAUCGACUCUGUGAACCCAGGUUUUGACCUGCAGGGAAACCCUGUAACAAGUGUAGCCAAUGGACAUGGAGCUGAUGAGAUGCGCGAAGACACAGAAGAAAUUGAUGCACUGUUAUACUCAGAUUCCGACUUCAAUAAUGGCGAUGAAGAAACCAGCACAGGACAUUCUCCAGCUGAGCCUGAGGUAGUGGAGAGGACUUUUUCUGAGGUAGCUAGCUCUAUUCUUCCGGCAAAACGGCGGAGAAUUGAUGUGAAUGAUGAAUUCGAUGUAUCACUGUUCAAUACUGCUAGCUCACAAGUACUCCAUUGCUCUGAUAUACUUACAGAUCACAGGAACAAACAGGAUGAUAACAAUUCUGCAUCUAGCUGCUUUAAAGCAGUAUAUACUGAUCAGAAUGAAGAGAACAGGGUAUUCAAAAGAGCUAAAAUUCAGGAAACACUUGGCAUACUGAGAAAGAUCAUCCCUGGUGGGAAUUGCAAGGAUGCAAUUACAGUCCUGGAUGAGGCCAUCAACUAUCUCAACUCACUUAAGCUGAAGGCUCAAUUAUUGGAAAGUUUUCCUUAGCAUCGAUAUCUAUAUGAGCGUUUACCCUUCACAUUAGUUGUAGCAAUAGUGGCAGUAUCACUUUGAUGGAGCUACGCCCCUUAGGUGCUAUGAGAAAGAGAGGAGAGUUAAGUGCAUUUAGCUGCAAAAUUCUAGUGACUGAAGACGCGAAUCAAAACUCUGGAGGUUCGAAAGAAUUUUGGGUUUUGAUGGUGGGGGGCGCAGGAUAUAUAUAUGAUGGUCCAAUAAGCCAAGGCUGUGCUUUAAUGUUUGUUUGUGUGAGGGAGGAUUCCAAAUUGUCGCAAAGCUUAUUUUGACCAAAAGGAAAUGAUGGGUUAUGCUAGGAGUGCGCGUGUGGGAUGGGUCUACAGAAGGCAUGGGCCUAUAGAAGGCAGGCCACCACGUACCAGUUAUGUUUUGUGGUGAUUGUAACUUUAUCUCAGUCAGUGGGCUGGUUUAGACAGUAGAAUAGAAAUGCAGUGAAAGAAUGAUGUCUGGUUAUGCAGUGCGACUUUAAUGAUUUUCUGUGAGUUAUUGAGGAUGGGUUGCUUUUUGUUAAAAUGGUGGAGGCAGGUUCACUCAUUAUUUUUACCUUCUACGGGUCAUUGUUGGAAUAUUUUCGAAGAAAAGGUAUUUGGUUGGAUGAUGAGUGGAGAUGGAUGUGUGGUCCGCUGAUUGGUUCCUUUUUCACUAGUGGAUGUCGCUGUCCUGUUGGAAGUUCUGGUUCUGGUCAGCUAGUUCUACGGCAAAUUUCUGAGUGCUCUGGGAAAUGACUUUUUGAGGGCGUGGUCUCUGUGGAUCUCCUGUUACAUCCUCUAGUCUCGAACCCUUGGUUUGUUUUUUCCCCCUUAGUGGUCAUUGUCGACUGUCUCAACCCAUGAGCGUUUCUUACCAGGACUCGAGGUAAUCAUGCCACAUAUUGUUGGGUGUUGGCCGUGGUCUCUCACCAGCUUUAGCAGUCAUCUUAUCAGCUCGAGCUGUUACCAGCUCUUCUUUCAUAUGACCUUUCUGUUGGCAUCUCCCUGGAUGAAGACAUGUAUUGGCCUUCAGUCAUUUGCGGUCAUGGGUCUUUGCAUAUGGUUUGUUGCAUGAUAAUUGUUAUCAAGGAAAAGAACGGUUUGUGACUUUCAGUUUGUAUUGAAUCUUUAGCAAAAAAGAUUCUUCAUGCUUCCUGCGAUGGCAAGCAAAUAUUUUUAGUUUAUGUUCUGCAUGAAUUGUGAAUUAUGGGAUCCUUCCUACAAGGUCUAAAUAAAAUGUUUUUAGGAGCAUUUCUGUAAAUACAUUUUAUUUUUUUAUUUAAAUAUAUUUUAAUACAUUAA